AUGAAGCAGAACUCCUGGGAGCCCAGUUACUGCUGGGUAGACACCACUGACAGAACAAUUAGUUCAACAGAAGAUGCUCUCUGUGAAACUUUGGAAAGGACACCAAAAUUUUCUGAAGAGGACAAAGGAUUUGGACCCAUUUUUGAAGAGCAACCAAUCAAUACCAUUUACCCAGAAGAGUCACUGGAAGGAAAGGUUUCCCUCAACUGCCGGGCACGAGCCAGCCCAUUCCCAGUUUACAAAUGGAGAAUGAAUAAUGGGGAUGUUGACCUGACGAAUGACCGAUACAGUAUGGUAGGCGGAAACCUUGUCAUCAACAACCCUGACAAGCAGAAAGACGCUGGGAUAUACUACUGCUUGGCAUCCAAUAACUAUGGGAUGGUCAGAAGCACAGAGGCGACCCUGAGUUUUGGAUAUCUCGACCCCUUUCCUCCUGAGGAGCGUCCGGAGGUGAAAGUGAAGGAAGGGAAAGGUAUGGUGCUUCUCUGUGACCCUCCGUACCACUUUCCAGAUGACCUUAGCUACCGCUGGCUCCUGAAUGAAUUCCCCGUAUUUAUCACAAUGGACAAGCGGAGGUUUGUGUCUCAGACCAAUGGCAAUCUCUACAUUGCAAAUGUUGAGGCUUCUGAUAGAGGCAACUACUCCUGCUUUGUGUCCAGCCCUUCUAUUACAAAAAGUGUGUUCAGCAAGUUUAUACCCCUCAUUCCAAUACCUGAACGAACAACAAAGCCAUAUCCUGCUGAUAUUGUAGUGCAGUUUAAGGACAUCUAUACCAUGAUGGGCCAAAACGUGACUUUAGAGUGUUUUGCUCUUGGAAACCCUGUUCCUGAUAUCCGGUGGCGGAAGGUGCUAGAGCCAAUGCCUAGCACGGCUGAGAUAAGCACCUCGGGGGCUGUUCUCAAGAUCUUCAAUAUCCAGCUAGAAGAUGAAGGCAUCUAUGAAUGCGAGGCUGAGAACAUUAGAGGAAAGGACAAACACCAGGCAAAAAUUUAUGUUCACGCAUUUCCUGAAUGGGUAGAGCAUAUCAACGACACUGAGGUGGACAUAGGCAGCGACCUCUACUGGCCUUGCGUGGCCACAGGGAAGCCCAUCCCUACCAUCAGAUGGCUGAAAAACGGAUAUGCGUAUCACAAAGGGGAACUAAGACUGUAUGAUGUGACUUUUGACAAUGCUGGGAUGUACCAGUGCAUUGCGGAAAAUGCAUAUGGAUCCAUCUAUGCGAAUGCCGAGCUCAAGAUCCUGGCGUUAGCUCCAACUUUUGAAAUGAAUCCCAUGAAGAAAAAGAUCCUGGCUGCUAAAGGGGGAAGAGUUAUCAUUGAAUGCAAGCCCAAGGCUGCGCCGAAACCCAAGUUUUCCUGGAGCAAAGGGACAGAGUGGCUGGUCAACAGCAGCAGAAUACUCAUAUGGGAAGAUGGUAGCUUGGAAAUCAAUAAUAUUACAAGGAACGAUGGAGGAGUCUAUACAUGCUUUGCAGAAAAUAAUAGGGGGAAAGCCAAUAGCACUGGGACUCUGGUGAUCACAAAUCCCACACGAAUCAUUUUGGCCCCAAUUAAUGCUGAUAUCACUGUUGGAGAAAACGCUACAAUGCAGUGUGCUGCGUCCUUCGAUCCCUCCCUGGAUCUCACAUUUGUCUGGUCCUUCAAUGGCUACGUGAUUGAUUUUAACAAAGAAAUUACACAUAUUCAUUACCAGAGGAAUUAUAUGCUCGAUGCCAACGGGGAGCUGCUCAUCCGCAAUGCCCAGCUGAAGCAUGCCGGGAGGUACACCUGCACGGCACAGACCAUCGUGGACAAUUCCUCAGCUUCCGCUGACCUUGUUGUGCGAGGCCCUCCAGGCCCUCCAGGUGGCCUGAGAAUAGAAGACAUUCGAGCUACCUCUGUGGCACUGACUUGGAGCCGUGGUUCAGACAAUCACAGUCCUAUCUCUAAAUACACCAUCCAGACCAAGACUAUUCUCUCAGAUGAUUGGAAAGAUGCCAAGACAGAUCCCCCAAUCAUCGAAGGAAACAUGGAGGCAGCAAAAGCUGUGGAUUUGAUCCCGUGGAUGGAGUAUGAAUUUCGAGUGGUUGCAACCAAUACUUUAGGUACAGGAGAACCCAGCAUACCCUCAAAUAGGAUCAGAACAGAUGGCGCUGCACCAAAUGUGGCUCCCUCGGAUGUAGGAGGUGGCGGUGGAAGCAACAGAGAGCUGACGAUAACAUGGGCGCCUUUGUCAAGAGAAUACCAUUAUGGUAACAAUUUCGGCUACAUAGUGGCAUUUAAGCCAUUUGAUGGAGAAGAAUGGAAGAAAGUGACAGUUACUAACCCAGAUACUGGUCGCUACGUCCACAAAGACGAAACCAUGACCCCUUCCACUGCGUUCCAAGUAAAAGUGAAGGCGUUCAACAACAAAGGGGAUGGGCCCUACAGCCUCAUCGCCGUUAUCAACUCAGCACAAGAUGCUCCCAGCGAAGCCCCCACAGAAGUAGGGGUGAAAGUGCUGUCAUCUUCAGAGAUAUCUGUUCAUUGGAAGCAUGUUUUAGAGAAAAUCGUGGAAAACUAUCAGAUUCGGUACUGGGCUGCGCACGACAAGGAAGCAGCUGCACACCGAGUUCAAGUCACCAGCCAGGAGUACUCAGCCAGGCUCGAGAACCUGCUGCCUGACACCCAGUACUUCAUUGAAGUUGGAGCCUGCAACAGUGCCGGGUGUGGACCUUCAAGUGACGUGAUCGAGGCCUUCACCAGAAAAGCCCCUCCCAGCCAACCACCAAGGAUCAUCAGUUCCGUGAGGUCUGGCUCCCGCUAUAUAAUCACGUGGGAUCAUGUUGUUGCCCUGUCAAAUGAAUCUACAGUGACGGGAUACAAGAUACUCUACAGACCUGAUGGGCAGCAUGACGGCAAGCUGUUCUCAACCCAUAAGCACUCCAUAGAAGUCCCAAUCCCGAGAGACGGAGAGUACGUUGUAGAGGUUCGAGCACACAGUGAUGGGGGAGAUGGAGUAGUGUCUCAAGUUAAAAUUUCAGGGUCUCCAACCUGCUCACCCACCAGCCUUAUCACCACAGGCUAG